AUGGCUAAAGAUUACCCUGCGGAUACACAAGGCCUGUUAAAUGAUCUCAGAGAUGACAUUACAAAAGCUUUUAUUUGUGAAAUACCUAAAGGUAAGACGAGAAAGUUAAAAUUGCUUGCUUACAAGGACCAAAUACGACAGGAGAAUGAUACAUGAACGUCAGAUAUGAGAGGUCAGAGGCCCUGAGUUUGAUUCGUCGACAUGAGGGUUGCACAAGUAGUAUUAAGAACCAUAUUGUUGCCAGAAUUCUCCAGGUUCGUUUGGCAGGUCCCACACUAAUGUGGUGAGCGGAACAAGUACCGAUGAGAUUUCCUAACACAGAAAGCUGAAAAAGGAGAAAACUAAGCAGAACAUCUGCUCUGUUAACGAAGGAGGCAAUACAAGAUGCUCAACCUGAAACGAAACUAAACUAUAUCAGAGGCUCUUUCAGACCCAAACACAUUCAAGUAACCGCCGUGGACCUAUGGCUUAUCCUAAGAUCCACACGGUCAACUCAUGCUACUUGCAUAUUGUGUCCUGUGGCAACACUUUUGCCUAUAUUUUUGGUCUGCUUUCUUAGCUAACAAAUAAUCUCCACUAACAGGUAACACAGAUUUCAUGGUAAAAAAAAAAUCAGUUCGCUUUGCUGGUAUCUAGCAUAAAGUGUCAGAAGAUGUACUUCAAGUAGUCGAGAAGUGUUAGACACACCUGUCUGAACGCACGACUUGGACGCGGACCUCUCGGCAAUAUAGCCGCCUGACACUCAAAAGAAACGUAUGGUUUUUCUGGUUGCUUUUCACUAGCAAAUGUUCCUGACCCGCUUUCUAUCGAUGUUUAGUUUCGAAGCAUGGCUCAUAGAAAGGCUCUAUAUAUCCGACGCUAAAAUGCAGUUUUUGCAUCCAAACCAGAUUUUGCGACGCCGAAGAAGACACCUUAAUCUGGAUAUCCCAAUUGCCGCGAUCGCCAAAGGAAAUCAACUCGCAAACCUUGCAAACCUAAGAUCUGGAAGCCCAAUGUGGGGGUUGUACUGUCGCAAUUUGUAAUAAUCAUCGCACUUUGUAAUACCUGUCGCAAUUUGUAAUAAAUCCAUCUCACUUUGUAAUACCUGUCGCAAUUUGUAAUAAACCGUGUCGCACUUUGUAAUAAAAAAGCUGUCGCAAUUUGUAAUAACAGUCCAUCGCACUUUGUAAUAAACUAAGCUGUCGCAAUUUGUAAUAAUUCCAUCGCACUUUGUACUAAUUUUUUGAGAGUGAUUCAACUUACCUCGUCAACAUUAAUAUAAUGCCAAAAUAUGCUACUUCAUAAACAAAGAUGGUGACGUCUGCUAGCACGUAACAUCUCCGUAACAUUUUCUUUGGUCAAACAUGCAUGUCUACCGCUAUAAAUUUUUCUGCCUUGAUUAAUCACGUGACCAACUAGAAAAGCUUUUAUGAAAGACAUGAAACUUCCUGUGACAUAUCACCAAAAAGAUAUGAAUCAUGUUUAAAUUUAAGAACAUUUAAAUAACAAAAGCAACAUUUAACAACAGAAAAUUCAUGAAUAACCUGGCAUUCGUCGUCCAAAUCCAUGUUUGCUUGCCACGUGACACGUGAAGUCUUGGGGAAAUCCCAUAGAUGGAUGGGCUAGAUAGGUAAGUACCGUCUGAUAGGGUAUGGUUUUUGAGGAUCUCGAGCCUUUAAUAGGGUAUCAUUUUUUACGUUGUUGGCCUUGUGUCUUUAGUUUGAUCCUUAGAUAGGGUAACUCAAGUAGUAAUGGAUGGUUUAUUCCAUCCUUUCCAUUUUGUGGAAAAACAGUAAUCCAGAACACACUCGAAAGAGUUGUAUAUACGCAGGGAAGGAUAAUUUUUUACUAUCCCGGCCCCAUGAUAUUUGCUUUAGAGGACUCCUUAUAGAAAACAAUUGUUUUAAGAUGGAAUGAGUACUCCUUUUGAUCCUAUAUGGGUUCAAAUCAAGUGAGAAUAAUGGGCCAAAUGCCCAGCCGGCUCAGUGUAAGACCCCAAGUGAGUGUUAUAAAAACAGGUACAUACGAAGGUAUUGGCCAGCGACUAAUUGGAUUUUGUUUUUAGGUUUCUGUUGUGGUUCGACGGUUUGCCACUGAUGACGUUUUUUUUUAUUUGCAGUAAACAUUUUGAAUCUUUCCAGGCCUCGUUUGAUUAAGUUGGCCAAAAUAUGGAAGCCACUAUUACUUCUUUAAGAUUGCGCGUUAGACACUCAGGACGGUGCACAACGUGUUGUAUCGACCUGUUAUAAGAUCUAACAAGGAAAGCUUGAACUCUCGUGGUGUCCUUAUUCGAAUGAUGUAGGAUGGAUGUUACGAUUUGCGGAAAUUAAAUGCUUUUUUAAUAAUGGUUCGUUUGUGUCUAGUGUGUCUAGCUCUGUCUAGAUCCUGUACUCUGACAAUGCUCUGUCUAGAGGCACAUCCCCGUAUUGGCCAUAUAAGGAAGUACACCCGCCGGGUAACCACUGAAUGAAAACCACCUAGUACAAUAGCAAGGUUUAAGAGUACCGCAUUUCGUAAGUCAGAUAACUAAUCAACAUUAAUCUGAAAAAAAUGUUUAGGACUGUGAAUAAAGUUAAAUGUUUGAAUGAGCGGAGGUGUUACGUGCCAGCAGACGUCAUCAUCUUUGUUUAUGAAGUACCAUGCAUAUUUUGGCAUUAUAUUAAUGUUGACGAAGUAAGUUCAAUUACUCUCAAAAAGUUAUUACAAAGUGCGAUGGAAUUAUUACAAAUUGCGACAGCUUAGUUUAUUACGAAGUGCGAUCGACGGUUGUUACAAAUUGCGACAGCUUUUUUAUUACAAAGUGCGACACGGUAUAUUACAAAUAGCGACAGGUAUUACAAAGUGCGAUGGAUUUAUUACAAAUUGCGACAGGUAUUACAAAGUGCGAUGAUUAUUACAAAUUGCGACAGUACAGGGGUGGAGGGGAAUUUCUUCUCCGUCUUGGACCAAGACAGUGCUUACAUCUUCUUACAACACGUCAACAAUCAGCAACCAUCCAUCCGUUUCACUACUGAGACUGAGAAUUACAGCAAGAUCAGCCCCGAUUUGCAAGAGGGCCAUGCAGACGGCCGCCUUAUACAACAAGCGUCUACAGGACACUAACACACACCUUUUACCAUUUAGCGGAAUUCACACCAUCUUCAAACAGUAAAGCCUAAUACUAUGAAGUGUUUUUAUACGACAGAGGCUAGCGUCUCGUAACCAAACCUUUCAGUAAAUUCAAAAGAGAAGAAACAUCUCUGAUCAGUGCUUGUUUCAAAUGGAUAUCCCUCUUCUUUUAUGCGGAAAAUCAAUACAAGAACAAUCCUUAGCUGACAGCCCUUGGCAGGGUUCAAUUCGACCGCUGUUUUAUCCGUUGUCCAGGGAGCGUCCAAGGUUAUAUAUUGGCCGUAAAUGCUACUGAUCACAGCCGCCUACUGUGUUACGAAAGAAACUGGGUAAUCACUGAACCUUAUACUUGGAGUAAGCAAUCAAAACUUCGCGAUCUACAAUCUCAAGUGACUACAUCUUGAGACUACCACAAUGAAUAAACUCAACACGUUUCUAGACAAGUUCCAACCAGAUUUAGCGAACGAUUUAGUGUGGGAAAAGGUGCCACCAAUGAGCGUUCUUAGCAGUGACAUGCAACCCGAAAAAAACUCUUUUACUUUGAUUAUGGGUCAUCUGUCUUGAAAAGUUUUAUCUGCAAUUAUUGGUUGAGGGUGAGAGUGAUAUGAAGAACUACGCAGGUUGAAGAGGGCCUUAUAAAACCUUAUAAGAUAUGGAACAUUAUAUUUACUAAUGAGACGACAGUCAUAAAAAGACAGCAAUCCUCAGCUAUCCCUUAUCAACUUAACGAGGUUUAUCUUGCAACAUAAAUACUCCCCUCUGAGGUCACAUAUAAACGGGAAGAUUCUUGAAACAAAACUCGAUGAAAAAAAACAUGGACUAUGAGCAAGGCAGGCCGGCAAAUUAAUCGGUUGUGUUGUAUCCACAUGCAUGCGGCCGCAUGUUACAAAUCAAUUGGACUCCCUUGUGCAUGAACUUUUUUUGUUAAAACCUGGUGCAAAAUAUAGUGUGACUAGGUCUGUAACAAAUGGCUUGGGUAUUAUUUUAAUAGGCUUGACUCACAAAGUCUUUAUACUACUUGGAAACCCUUUCUUUUGCUGUUUCACAAUGGGACAUUACUUCUCAGUUUUUUUACCAUUAUUAGUAUUCAUUAAUUGUCUUCGUUAGUUUCUUGUCGUGAUUUCCAUGCCUUAGGCUAACGGAGUUCUUUUCUUCUGUCUUUCAGGUUCCGGAGAGAACGAAGGUAUGUAGGACAUCCUAUAUAUCUACAUCUAUAACAAUAAAUUCCAAGAUCCCUAGGGGGGCAGCGGGUUUGAGGGUUUGUAAAAAAAAAAAGAACGCAUUUGCAACAAGUCGAAUCAUUAUCUAAAAUAUUUGGUGGAAUUAAGAGAGUUCCAAUCGUUAAUUGUCCUUGGCCAGAAACUGAAUCAUGGCAAACACCACUUUGGACAGGGAUGGACUAAGCUCUUUUUAGACUGCGAGCAGUCUCUUAUUUUUCUUGGCAAAGUUACUGCACGCGAAACCCAAGCAUGCGAGCGGCGAAGCAACGUCGUGGUUUGCAAUGGCGCUGGCUGAGAUAAGACUAGAAGGAUUUUAAGAGAAAAGGCGGCCUGCAAGCAGUCAAAGCUCUUUUGUGUUUUGUUUUGCCCUAGCUUAUUUGCGUUAUGUUUUUUUUUUCCUAUACCCCUUAAGUUUUCUUCAUGAAUAGAAAGCGAUGCAUUGUUUUUGCUUCCGUUGCGUGAGGGGUGUACUGUAUUAUCUCAAGUAGAUUAAGGCCUGGGUCUGAGUCAUUUAUGGUUUUUAUGUACAUUUUCCAAAAACUACCGUUAAAAACAUCCACGAGGAAUGAUAAAUGGUAAAGUAAACUAAAGUUAAAAAAAAAUUAAAAAAGAAAUCCAAAUUAUUUGUCCACCUGUUCGACCACGCCCUCUAUUCCUCAAAAAUUGUAACCAACGAUUCGAACCACUCGCCAAACGAGUAGCUCUAGUUUCUCUGUAUCAAAACAUUGACCCUACAAAGUGUCUACGAAAUCAGCUCGGAAUGCGUCGAAAUGUUACAAUUGGCAGGUGCAAUUGGCGUCCAUUGAUUAGUGCCAGUCCUCCUCUAAAUAAAAUAUUCGUCAGGAGAAAGACGUUUACUGACCUCGUGUCAUUCCGACCGUUUUUACAAGUGGACUGUUAGGAGCCACUUUUUAGACCUACGAAAGGAAAACGGUUCCUCUCUAUUUGAUGGGAAUAUCGACCCAAAGGAUUUCUCGAUAAAACAGGGUGUGGCUGAUUACAAACAAUUUUUAAGAUGAAAUUAUAAGAUUUCUUGGUUAUGAUUAGCCUCAAAUUAUUAGUCGUGGGGUGUCUUGAAAAUACUUUACAUUACAUCCCCUCACCCCCCCUUUAAAAAUUCGGAGAAAUCUGUAAAGACCCAGGCUUUAAUCUACUUGAGUUGUCAGAGGUUUUGUAAAAUCCACUUAUUGGAAGAUUAAAUCAAGCAAUAUUUUAGUUCGCUGCUUACGUUAAAAGUAAGUUUGCUUUUUUAUAUUUUCUAAAACAGCAAAGUCUUGUGGCAAGGAGCCUGGUACAGAACAAGCGUCAAAAAACAUGGCUUGUCCGCACGCGUUUCCAUACCCGUGCAACUUUCCUAGCGAUAAAGGAGCUCAAUGUUGCUGCACAAAGUAAUCAGCAUUUUAAUAAUUAUAUUUGAUGUAUGACCUGGUAUAUAGCUAACACAUUCUCCUGAGUCCGUUGGCAGGUCCCUUCUGAUCAUCAUACUGGUUAUAUCAAGGCUCCACUGUAAAUCACUGCACGAAAAAAUAGAUUUACAUCCAAUUUAUCCGGAGCAAAUAUGAUGCCAAAAAUUUCAAACUAGGGGGAUAGUAAAUACCGUAUUUGUUCUCGAAUUUACAACCCAAUGUAAUUUAGGUGGCAAAAUUCACGAGGUACUUACCAUCUUAGCCUCUCACGCAGGCGUUUUUAGGGGAGCUCGGUUUCCUUCCCUCCCCACAAGGAAGAGGGAAGAAAUACGAGCUCCUUUAAAAACGCCUGCGUGGGAGGCUAUUACCAUCUUUGCCCCUGGUCUCUUCUUUGUAGUAUAGGCACUUUUUGUAUUUUUGCGCCAUAUUUGCUCCGGGCACAUGCAUUUGAUGUUAACAGACCUUUCCACGGUUUUUUCAACUUUUGACAUGGACAAUUUAGAGCAAAUCCAUCCACUCUGCUGGAAAGAGCGGCUUUAAAUUAGUAAAAAUGCCCAGUUUGAAAGUGAUUAGUUGAAAAUUAACGAUAAUAUAGCUCCUGAAAGUUGCGACAUUUUAGAGACGUUUGUAAAUUUUUUCCAACUUCGCUCACUUAUAUAAGGAUAUAUAAGGGACGUGUACACAUGCUGAAGUGUUGAAAAUGGAGUAACGUAAACUGUCAGCUAAGCGUAGCAAUGAUUCCGAUAUUUUUACUCAGUCUACUCUGCUCAGUCAGCUCAGUCUGUACGCUAGAAGUUAAAAUUAAAAAGUUAAAAUUAUUAAAAUACUAAUAAAAUAAUUUUCAUUGAAGGUUUGAAGUGAAAUAGAACUUAUUUCUUUCUUUUGCUUGUUUUCAGGAAAAAGAGUCUAGAGGGUAAGAACUGUGAGUUGUUUAAGUCUGGCUCAGAUCACUCUUUGAGCCGUUUUUUUUUUUUUUUUUUUGAGUAGAAAGUGAUCCAUUAUUUGCAUGAGGAAGCUAGGGGUACCAUUUUCUACGAGAGGUAUAUAUACCAAAGGGGUACAUUUUAAUUAAACUGGUAUACCCUAAAAGGGUAAGGGCUCCAACCUCGGGACUUUUAAAAGUCUCCUUGCAAAGACUUUGUUGAUUACUGUCCAUUUGCUCUCCCCUUCUGAAGCCACAUCGUAAAAGAAGACAUCUGCUUUAAAAUGUACCAUUUAAGGAACGGUACAUUUAAAAACACGGUUGUUUGAAAUAAAAAUUGAGGCCCGUCAGAGGUUUCGUAACUGAAAUCCAUUAAUUUGUAGGUUUAACGUAAGUUUGCAUUUUUACGUUAAAACAGCAAAGGUUUGUGGUAAGGUACCUGGUACGACGAAAUGGACAAAAGAGAUGCGAUGUCCUCACACGUUUCCAUACACCUGCAACUUUCGUAAUGAUGAUGGGGGUAGAUGUUGCUGCACAAGGUAAUCAGCAUCUUACUUAUUUGAAUAUUUUUCAGCUGUGUGAGCUGGCAAAACUGAAGAAUUAUGCUCAGAUUUAGCUUCAUUGCAACUUGAGCCCUCUGCUAUUCGGACACUGGGCGUUCUUGCAUAAAGCUGCAGUAUAUUUUUCAUUCCAAGUUUAUAGUAUGUUAUGGAACCAAGCCUUGUCUGCAGAUCAUUAAUUUUUGAAGAUCACUCACAUUUGAAUUGCGAGCAAUGUCGACUAAAGAUUUUUGAUGCAUUUCACUGUAAAAAUGAAAGAAGACGCAUCUUUAGCGUUCUAAGCACUUAUGUCACGAUGGAGACAAAUCAUUUGUAGCAUUGCAUUAUAAAGGAAAAAGUUUUACUCGAAACGUCACAUCAAAUGAUAUACACUUAUUACACUGUUGUUGCGAGGUCAUUUUCAAAGGGAUGUCUCUUUCACGUGGGUCCAAACUUUCAAGGCGGGCGGUCUUCACAUCUUCAGGGUUCCAUGGGAGCUAAAAAUUUCACAUUACUUUUGGAGGGCCGUUACUUUCGGAUUCCUCGCCACAAAACCAAAAGUUAGAUGAUUUUUUAUUCCAAUGAUUAAUUAAAUUUCAAAGUUACUGUAAAGUUAAAUGAAACAUAUUUCUUCGUUUUUGCUUAGGGAGGCGAAGCAAGGGUAAUGCCUUGGAGGUACAACUUACGAUUCCAUCGUCUGAAGCCAACUGAAGUGAAAAGAAUGUUAAGAGACUCGAUUAGUUGCUUAGGACUAACCUAAGCCGUGAUUUAGAGGUUUAGAAUGUACGAGAAGUAGUGUAAAAGGUUAAUAAUACAAGUCAUAGUGUAAAAAUAAUAAAAAAGUGCAAUCGAAAUAAAAUUCUGUUGGCGUACACCUCAAAAUCCGUACAAUCCAGAAAAUCCCUGCCGUGCGGUCAAAUCAUCUAAUAGCUUACAGUGUUCGAGCUACUUCCGCUGAGCUAUUCCUAGUUACCCCCAGAACGGAGAGUACCCAGCCAAGAAUGCAAAGCCUUUUUCUAUUUUACUUUACAAUGACAUUCAUCAACCGAAGGAAAGUGAACAAAAGUCUCCAUGACUUUUUUAUAUAUGAACAUGUAAAAGCUAACGAAGAUAACGAAAUAGUGUUUUAUGCGAGUUCAUGACAAAAAGAGUUGAAGCAUGGGUAAUAGAAAGACUUUUAGACACUUUAUGCAAAUUUAGGGCGUACUUUAACUGUAUUUUAACUGGCAUUAAUUUAUUUCAGUUCCUUGGUAAUGGCGUUAUGAGGUCGCCGAAACGUCGGAACAUUAUUUCGAUUUCGUCACGUGUCAUGUAAUGAAAAUGUUUCCCGCCAAACGUCUCUGAGCUGGCAGCAAUGUUAUGUAGUAUGCGCGAAUGUAUAAGUAAAUGUUUACCUAGUCCCUCUUCCUCACAAUUCCGCGCGGCCAAUGCGUUUCGAGUCACGUGGUCCAAGCGAAGAUAGUACGCCUCGGAUACGUCAAAGAAGUGAAUUGACCGGAAAGGCCGAUAAACAACGUACAGGGACUAUGCAAAGUAAAUGCGAGUGUUAUCAGCCUCGGCCUCGGAUAAUAACACUCACUCCGGUGACCUCGAUUAUUCGGGAUAUCACAAAAACAUUAUCUAAUAAUUGUUUAUUAUCAUUAUCAUUAACGUUAUUAGUAUUAUUAUUAUUAUUAUUAAUAUUAUCAUUGUUAUUACUAUAAUCUUUUACAAUGAAAAGGCAACCUCGAGAUUUCUAUCCGAGUCACAUAUCAAAGCCGAUAGAAAUAGAGGGAACGUUUUCCAACUGUUUUAGUGAAAUCAUCGGUGCAGUGUUACCUGUUGGGUAAGAAAAAUAAGCCUGAUCUGUUGCGUCGAAAAAAGUAUUUUUCUUGAUGCAAAAAGCUACGCGUCAUUUUUUCUUCCACGCUAGUCAUUGGCGUGCUAUAUAACAUUUUCGACGCACGAGCGUCACCUUGUGCGUAUUUUUUCUCUAUGCAAGAAAUCACACUUCAUUUUUUUCGACAAAGCAGGUUACGUUUAAUGUCAUAGCAAGCCGAUAAAAUCGCAAGUGCACAACAGACAUAACAAAAACAGCAAAAACAGUAAACAUGUGCUGUCUCUAGUCGACUCUAGAAAGCUAUUUUUGAAAGUUGUGCUGGUUGUGGGCAUGGUUGUGAUAGUUGCGCAAGUUGUGGGCGGUGGGGGAAUUUUUUACUGUUCCAGUUGGGACUUGUCAUACUUGAUAUUUGGGAGUUAUGUGAUUGUAAUAUUGCUUGUGGUAGUAAUCUGAGUUAUGUAGGUCAGUGAGUCUUGUUCUGGGCGUUGUGCUGGUUGCUCACUGCAAUCAGUGAGUGAAGUGUGAUUGGUAAAGAGGCGUGUAAAAAAAGUAGGUUGUGGCUCUGCUAAAAUCAUUAAUCUAGAUUAAUCUAGAAUUGGGCCAAGAACAGAUCCUUGCGUUACUCCUAAUUUGAUAGCUUGAAUAUCUGAAAAAACACUGUUCACAUCAACUUUUUCCUUCUAUGCUAAAGCUAAGAUUUGAACCCGGCACAAAUUUUCCAGGCCUACGAUUCCGUUGGGACAGUUUAGAUAAAAGAAUGGAAUGAUUUAUGGUAUCAAAAAUUUUACUAGGGUCUAAGAAGAGCGUUACAGCAAAUUCACCAUUAUCAAGGCUUUUGGCAAUUGGUUCGAUUAAGCCAACUAAACAGCCAGUGGUAUUUUUUCCUGGUCCAAAACCAUACUGACUGGGCACAAAAACAUCGUGGAUAGAAAUUAAUAAGAAAUAUUAAUUUGUUAAGUACUCAUUUUUCAAAAAUUUUACUCAAUGUAUGGAGCACUGAGGUUGGACGAUAAUUAGUGCAAAGCAUGUGAGAGCCCUCUUUAAAGACUGACACAACCUCUGCAAUCUUAAGGCUAUCAGGAAACCUCCCUUGAAUUAAUGAUAGAUUUAUUAUGUGGGUUAAGGGCUUGACAAUUUCUAAAGCUCCUACUCAAAUAACAGAAAAGGCUGGACCUUAUCUGUACCAAACAAUUUUUUCCGUCGAGGUUUCCUACUAACAGAAACACCUCAACUUUACUGAUAUGAGUGAAUUUAAACUUGUUCUUAUACUGAGUUAAAUAUGAUUCAUAGUGACGGUUGGAUUUAAGCAGGGAAGUUGCUUUUUCAUAGAAACUAUUUUGUUCCGAUACAAUUUUUACUUGUUAUCCCAUGUUAAAUAAUGCUUUAAGAGCCACAUUUUUUAUAAAACUUAUCACGCGUUUUCUUUGACGUUUUUAAGCCAGACGUUAUCCAAGAUUUGGAAGAUCUAUUUCUAACAUUCUCCUCUUAUAGUGCUUGUCGAAAAGCCAACAAGUUUGUUUUGCAGUUUAUAACUCGAUCAUGUCGAUCGGCGUUUGUUAUUAGUCUUGGUAACCCAACGUCGUUUUCUUCGAAACUCGCGCCUCAGGAUUCGGAACAAAGCGCAGGAAAGUUUAUUUCUGGGCUUUACAACAAGAAAUAUGCCCUUGUGCUGGUUGUGACAUGGUUGUGAUAGUUGAGCAGGUUGUGGGCGGUGCAGGGAUUUUUUUACUGGUCCAGGUGGGACUUGUCAUGACAUGUGGGAGUUUUGUGAUUGUAAUAUUGCUUGUGAAAGUUGUCUGAGUUAUAUAGGUCAGUGAGUCUGGUUCUGGGCGUUGUGCUGGUUGCGGGAGUUGGGCGGCGUUUUAUUUUACUGCUAACCAGGUAAGGCUUUUUUCAUCCUCUCUUAUAUAAAAUCCUUUUUAAAUGUCUGUUGAAGCAUAGGCUAUAGAAAACAUGGGUUUCGACUACACGAAGAUUAAAUUUUUUAUACGUCAAAAACAUGUGACAAAUAUACCAUACGCGCACUUUCCAUGAAGAGUUUUAUGGCGAUAUUUCGCGUUACGUCACCUACUGAUAUUAAUGUGCCAACCAAAAGCUCAUUGGCUCUUCAAACAAUGGGUUCUUUUUGUCUCAGUGGUUGGCAUGUUUGAAUAACAAACACAAUGUUUACAAACAAGAAAUAUCCCUGUAUUUUUUACAGCUUCCAAACAUAUUUUUGCUGUCAGAGUAGACUACGCAUGCACCUUGUCAGUCAUUUCAAAAUGAAGUCUGCUAUCAUUAUGAUCUUACUUGCCAUGGUGGCUGUGACCCAGGCCAACAAAGCAGGUAUGAAUAACAUAUACGGUUGUCAAUCAACCGCGUUUUCACUGCUCAAAAAUAUAUUAAUAACAGCACAAAGAAAAAAGUCAGUAUAUAGUAUUAAAGUAUCACAUUGAGGAUUCGGCUUUCGCAUAUGAAAAAUUAUGCAGAUCUCGGGCGAAAUACGUUAUACACCUCGGUCGAUAACACUCUCCUUGAUCUCCAUAAUUCUUCAUGUCAUACUCACUCUCAUCCAAUAAUUGUUGAAUACAAAAAUUAGGUAACAGAGCUAAGUAGGACUACCUAUACUAAUUCAAAUAAUUCUUCACAAUAAGACGUCUAUAAUAGGCGCCGUAUUGGGACGCAGCGGGCUAAUAUUUUCUAUUCUUAGUUUGUAGCUAGUCUUAACCACUCCUAUCCCUAGAAAUAGAGAGAUAACUGAUAGAGGUGCAAUUGUAGAUCAAGUUAGAUAUACCAAGGGGGAGGGGGUACUCCAGAGAUGAUCGAAAUGGGGAAAAAUCAAAACCAAACAAAUUUCCACAGAUGUCUAGCGAUUUUUUUUCAGAAUUUAUUCCCUCAAGGCUGGUUUCCACUAGCGACGUAGUCGGAGUCGGAGUCGUAAUCAGAAGCGUAGAGCUUAUGAUCUUGUGAAAACAGCGUUCCGAUUCCGUUUACGACUCCGUCGCUUACGUUCCGCUUAUGAUCUAGCGAAAACCAGAUUGUCCGAGUCGUCAGCAGAUGCAGAAACACUAAACCAAUCACAAAGCGUGGGAACGAGCAUUGUGAUUGGUUUAUCCUUCCGCUUCUUCGUCCGACUCCGACAAUCUGGUUUUCACUAGAUCAUAAGCGGAACGUAAGUCGUAAGCGGAGUCGGAAGAAAAUGGAAACGUUCUGACUCCGAUUCCGUCGUAAUUAUGACUCCGCUUACGACUCCGAUUUUUGAUUUUCACUAGGUCAUAAGCACUCUUACGACUCCGCUUACGACUACGACUCCGACUCCGUCGCUAGUAAAAAGCAGCCUUUAGAAAAUGACCCAUCCCAUGCCGAGAAAAGUCAAAUGAGCGGCUCUAUUGCAGGGAUUACGACACGCAAUACCUUCCUGGGUGGUCCAUCUACCAUUUUGUCUGUUUUCGACGGAGAAAGCUCAUUUAGUAUUAGGCUGUACCACAGGCAGGCCAAUAAAAAGCAUUCGAGAUCCCAACCCACUCUUCCCUACCCACUUGGUAUGUCAAGAAGAGAAAUGAUAUCAAAGUUCAUUCAUCAGACCAGUUCAUUUGUUGAAAUAAUGUUAACAAAACAGUAUUUUAAUUCGAAGAACUUUUAAAGUAAGUUUGCCUGUCCUAAACAGCAAAGUUUUGUGGUGAUGUGCCUGGGACGAAACCCGUUGAAUUCUACAAGGAGUGUCCGCCUGAGUUCCCCGUCCGUGACGGUGACAAGUGCUUGUUUGCUACUGAUCGUCUGCACAUCUGCUGCUGUAAAAGGUAAUUAGCACAGAAUUUCUAAGAUAAUAGGUGGGCAUUUUCUCUUGAGGUGGGUUCAUACUAGACUUUUCAAGUGCACUUAGCGGCCUAGUGGGAACCGACCUAAUAUGUAUGACAGCUUACCGCACUGUAGAAUAAAUAAAGACAGUUUUCGGUCUCUUUCCAAGGCCCUAACAUUUUUAAUGCAUUUAAUGUAUUCUUCAAAAAUGACUAAAAAAUGUUCCUUAUCUUAAACUCUAACUCUUACGUUUUUUAUCUUCGUUUAUGAGGAAACCUAAUGUUGUAUAUGCCCCGUGUUUUAUUUAGGUUUCCUGGGCAUAAUAAUUUAUUUACUUCAAUCUUUUUUCUUGUAUUUAAUGGAUUUGUAUAGUGUGGCAAAUUUGAAAAUAAAGGACAGAACAGAUAGACAACUUGUUCUAAUGUAGCUAAAUUCUGAGCCCACAGGCACCUAUGUCCAGAAAUUCACACAACAACGAAAAUGGCAAAUUUGACAAAAUUUUGUCAACAAUAUGAGGAAAAAAUGAUAACUUGGAGAAUGUGGCGAACUGCAAGCAUGGCGAAAACUCGCCAUCUGUUUUGUGAGUAUUCGAUGAAAUGUCAAGAAGGACCCCUUCAGAAGUGGCAAAUUUGAAAACAAUGGCGAAUCUGGCGAAAAUAGUAAUAGCGAAUUUGGUAAAAAUCCGCGAAGAGUUUGGCCAAAAAUUCGAUGAGAUAGCAAGAUAGUCCCGUGGUAAGUGGCGAAGUUGACAUAUAUGGCGGCGGAAUCUGUUCAGUGUCUUCAGUUAAGUAGCAUUGAUCUCAUCAGUCUCGAUAAAGGAAACAAAGUUAAUAUCACUGAGUGAAACUGUUACUUUAGCACUAGUCCAAACGUCAGCGAACUGUACCUACAAUGCACCAUGGUUUAGUCUCCCUUACCUCUGGUUCUUGAAAGAAAUGUCUUAGAGCUAUGAGGUGAAAACAAACUUGUUUCUUUGCUUCUUUUUCAGUCCUAUGAGAAAAUAAUAUGCGUCUUGGAAGUGCGACUCAGACUCUAAGUAUCUCAGGAUGAUACGCAGAGGCUUUAUAGAAAGGUGUAAUAUCAUUACAAAUGAC